AAGUGUUAAAUAAUUUGCAUAAUUUAUCAAAUUAAGCACGGUAUUUAUCUCACCUGUUAGAAGUUCCUGCGGGGCAGACGUAUCUGAUUAAAGGUGCGAUGUCAUUGGCAAUGUAACACCACGUGACCGGCAAUCGGGUAACACGCUUAACCAAUAGAAAUUUAUCGCUAAUUUGUAAACAAAAGCACGUGGAUCAUAUAUAAGACUACAUAAAUUAUUUUCAAAUCACUUUCAGACUUUAAUCUAAAGAUAAACAAGUUUUUAACAUUUGUGUACAUUGAGAUACAUUGGUUUCUAAAAUUGUUUAAAUAUGGAUUUAUUUCACACAAACAUGAGUAUUUUGUUCAUUGCCUUUGUUGUUACUGCUACAGCCUUAGAAUCAAAUCAGGAUCUAUCAGAUAUGCUGGCAAGAUCUUUGCGGGCAGCAAGUAGAGAAAAAAGGACUCAUAACAAAGACAGAAAGAACAUUAUAGAUGCUAGCAAGAAAGGAAUUGUAGAAGCAGACGAUAAGAAGAGUUGUUGUUUAAAUGGCGGGAUAUGCAUUAUGAACACAUUCUGUCACUGCAAACGAAAUUUCUAUGGCCGUUUCUGUGAGCACCGUGUACGUCAUCGCUCAUGCGGAAGUAUUCGUCACGGAACGUGGAUGGCUUCCGGUUGUCACCUUUGUCAUUGCUUCGACGGUAGAAUGACUUGUAAAGUCACCACAAUUCAUGGAUGCAAAAAAUUAUCAUAUGUCGAAGGUUACGAAAACAAUCCCGACUAUAUGGUUGGAAUGGACAAGAAGUCUGAAGAUUACGAUAAAUUCUACGAUGAGUUUGACUACGCACCGGAAACGGAAGUGACGUCUGGAACCGCUAGCUUUGGAGUUCAUUUAUGGCAGCUAACGACAGUUAUUUUUUCUUUCACUGUCUACAAAAGUGUCGGCUCAUGAAUGUGAAUUUUAGGUCACGUUACAAAUAAUGCUAAGCACUUCCUAAGUAACUCUGCAUAUCAAGAGAAUGCUGGCACGUUCAUUUUACGGAAAAGAACGGAACCAUCGUGCCAUCUCUUCAGUGAAUGCACGAGACACGGCAUACAACGCCAUUAUGAUGACGAGGAGAGGGAAAUUGACAUACAUGAGGACGAAAUGAUUAGUUUUUGUUAAAGAAUAAAAAUUGUUUUUUUUUUUAAAGUUAAAAUCGUUUCAUAUACACUUGUGAUCACAACAAAUCCGAUCGUUUUCUUUUGAAAAUUAACAUUACAGAGAUGUUCGAUUGUAUAUUUUCUGUCAUUUAUUGUAAAA